CUGAUAAGGACGCAAACAGUCGCGUGGUUGGGCAACAAAUAAAACCUAAUAGCAGGAUGCCGGAUUGAUGCGAGCGCAGCAAUAUUUAAAUUGGAGCAGACGCGCGAGAAGAAGCUGCGGCAGUCUCGGAGAUAAGGCGGCGAGGCAAACAGUCUCGCGGGCCGGUAAAAGCAGGCGGACAAGCCGCGCGCCAGACGCUCGCUCGCUCGCAGCCAUGGGUCUGGCCGAGCUGCAGGUGCAGGUGCAGUUCAGCCCAGUGCUGGUCAAGAAGAAGAACCAGCACCAGGCCAGUGCAGGCCCCUGGAGUCUCGACGACCGGCCCCCGGAGCCGCAGGACAAGGCCGGCUGCUCGCUCGCCGAGAUGGCCUGGUCCGCUCUCCUCGUCACGCCGCUCGUCGUCGCUCAGUGGCGCGGAUGCUGGGAACUCAUGGUUUUCUACACCCCCGAGCAGAAGCGAGAGCGCGUGCUGUGGUGGUCUGUGGUGGUCGGGGCAGCAUUCGGCGUGGUUUCAGCCUUGCUUCGCGGUGUGCUGACGAAGAGCGCGACGCAGCAGCGACGCACGUGGCGUCAGCGCUUUUGGCUUGCCCUGGGCUCGCGGCUGUACCUGGCCGCCUUCGCCGCCUCCUCGGUGGCCAUGUGGCGCGGCCUGUGGGAGCUCAUCGACAUGCACUGCGGCCACACGUACCAGCUGGCCCUGUUCUCCAUCGGCCUCGGAACCGCGUGCCUCGCCCGCCUCCGCUGCAUGCGAAACCUGUCCGGACCGCCCUUCGUGCUCACCCCAGACCUCAACCACACCAUCUUCGCCUUUCCUACAAGGUACAGGACCUCGGGAUCGAAGGACCCUGCGCUGCACACACUGGACUGCGUGUUCUCCGUAUUCGUGGUGGGUUCGCUGGUGGUGAUCGUGUGGAGAGGCACGUGGGGCAUCCUCGACAGCAUCCUGGUGCCGGAGCACGAGGACACCUCUGCCUGGCUCUCACUGGCAAUCGGAUACGGUGUGACGGCGAUCGGCUUUCUGCUGCAGGUGCCGGCGAGGAUUGCGUGCGACAAACUGUCCGGCGGGCCGCGCCUCCUCGUGGCCGACCUGUACCAGUUUCUCUGCUUCUGCGGCACCGUCAACCUGUGGAGAGGCGUAUGGAACCUGCUCAACAUCUACUUCCUGCCAGAAAAGCCGUUGGUGAGCUAUUGGGUGACCCACUGGGUGUGUCUGGUCGUGCUGAUGAUUCUGUGCUGCGGCAACUCUCUGCUCGUGCGGGGCGUCUACAUCGACGGCGAGGAAGAGGGUGGCCAGUGCGUCGUCUUCCAGGUCAACUACCUCAGAUACCACUACAAAGAAAAGCGGCGGCGGCAGGCGGCAGCCGCGCAGUCGCAGGGCCACGCGGCCUCCGAGAAGCGCAAGGACGCGGAGGCGGCGCGGGGGCCGUCGAUGGCGGCGGCGGCGGGGGCCGUCGGCGAGAACCACCUGCACCACCACCACGUGCACGUGCCGCUGCUGACGCACACGAUGCGCGACACGAUACUCUGAGAUGAGCCGAAUUCCAAUUUUAUUUUUUGGGACCAAAGUGGACAGACUCGUGAGACUGCCUGCACAUGUGCCAACCACAGUGAUUGCAUUCACGUCUCAAAAUGAAAGAAAAUACACAUACAUCUCACUCGCAACAAGUGCAAUAAGUUUUUGAUCCACCUGCACACUGAGAAUGCCGUGAAUUAACCUGAUGUAAAACACACUUGGUCCCCCCUUUACACCUGGAGUCGUGAUUUAGGCCUCUAACGGGAAUUUUGGAUAAAUUUAAUCAAUUAUUCUCCAUACCUCUGGCCUUUAGAGGAUAAAAUCCCUCCUCCAGCCGUGAAAGGGGGUCUAAGUGUGUUGUUGUGCCUUAAAAGCAGUGAAAAUUCUACAUGAUUUUGACGUGUUUGUGUUAUUUUUAUUCAAAUAUGGAAUUCUCAGUGUGUUCCAAUGUAUGAUUGCCACCCUCCUGAUUAUUUAAUAUCUCAUUCAUACGUUUAAAUAAUAUAUGUUUCGUUUAAAUUGCGGUGGCAACCAGACAACCAAGUAUACGCGCGUGCUGUAAUCUCUCGCUCAGGAGAACUCUCUGCAUUUUAUUUCGACGCGACACCGAAUAUUGGAGCAGUUUUAGUGUGUGUGACGAACGUGUGCCUUUCAUGGUGAAAAUGGUUUUUACUCUCUUUUCGAUUUUCAACGCGGGAGAAAUGUCGAGAUUGAGCAGUAUGUAUGAGCAGAGUGGAGUGAAAACAACACUCCGCAAUGCUUUGCAGCCAAUGUUAUUACCAAAAUCACAUUUUAACUUAAUUAUUUUACGUGUUCUUACGAACCAGUGCGAUUUAGAAAAUAAAUUGUUAAAUUUUUCACAUAAAAA